GAGCUCAAACUCCUCAAGACUCUCAAGUUUCCCCCGGAAUUCGACAAAAAGGUCGAUAUGCGGAAAGUAAAUCUACAGGUCAUUCGGCCUUGGGUAACCAAGAAGGUGGUUGAAUUCGUUGGCUUUGAAGACGAGGUCGUCGUCGAGUACGCCAUGGGUCUCAUGGAGGAUGAGAACUUUCCUGACCCGAAAAAGAUGCAGAUAAACCUAACCGGUUUCCUCACUUCAUCUACCCCCGCUUUCAUGUCAGCCCUCUGGAACCUCCUUCUCGAGGCUCAGGAGUCUCCCGCAGGCGUCCCGAAAACGUUUGUGGAGGAGAAGAAAGAGGAAAUG